AUGGAUGUCUUUUACUCCUCAGCCAUUACUCCCAAAUUGAUUUCAGACUUGUUCUUUGGGAAAAACACCAUAAGCUUCCAAUCAUGUAUGACCCAACUUUUUAUAGAUCACUUCUUUGGUGGAUCAGGGGUGUUUAUUCUGUUGGCGAUGGCCUAUGACCGCUAUGUGGCCAUCUGUAAGCCCUUGCACUACUUGGUUAUUAUGAGGCGAUGGCUGUGUGUUGUGCUGCUGGUAGUGUCCUGGGUUGGAGGGUUUCUGCAUUCAGUCAUUCAACUCAGCACUAUUUAUGGGCUCCCAUUCUGUGGCCCCAACAUCAUUGAUCAUUUUGCAUGUGACAUGUACCCCUUACUGAAACUUGUCUGUACUGACACCUAUGUCACUAGUCUCUUAGUGGUGGCCAAUGGUGGUGUGAUCUGUGCUGUUGUGUUCCUGCUCUUACUCAUCUCUUACGGUGUCAUCUGGAACUCUUUAAAGAAUGUUAGCCGGGAAGGGAGACGUAAAGCUCUCCAGACCUGUGGUUCCCACAUCACCGUGGUUGUUUUCUUCUUUGUUCCCUGA